GUUCCUUUUCUUGGUGUUCCUAGUUUGAUGGAAGCAACAGAGGCCACGUUAGUAUUGGUUUUCAGACACAUGAAUGAAUCUCAAACCAACCACCAAAAAUUGCACCUCUACCUACAUCGCCGGUAAUCAAAACACAACUUGAACAAGAACAAGAAGAAGCAUUGAUAUAUAGUUUCUGACAUUUGACUUAACCGCCACAAUUUCACUUCCAUGGCAUCAUUGAAGGAUCUCACCAGGCUCUUCAAUGGCGUCUCCUUAAUCGCCAACGAAUUCGCCAAGCGCUCUUUACCCGCCACAACCGGAGAUUUCCAAACCCUAAUCAAACGCGCUCUUCUCUCCGCCACCAAAGGAAAACCUCGCCAAUUCUCCCACCCCGCCGCCGUAUCCUCCUCCUCCGAUUCCACACUCGCUUCUUCUCCGACUACUACUACUACUGAUUCCGUUGUUUACUUCUCCGAUUCAACACCACCACCACCACCAGUACCGCCACCACCAACAGCAGUAACAAACAAUGGCGAUGUUGCUGCUGAUUCUUCCCCUGAAGCAAACCAGCCGGAAACUUCUAAUGCAAGUGUUUCUGCUGUGGAGACGAAGGAAACUGAAGCUGUGAGCACUUCUGAAACGCCGCCACCGCCGACGUUGACGAAACGGAAGCCCCGGGAGAGGAAGGUUCCUGCAACUCCAUUUUCUAGGGCUCUUGGGUUUGCUGGGCUAGGUGCUGGUCUUGCUUGGGGGACAGUUCAGGAAUCUGUGAAGAGGCUUGCAUUUGGUACACCUACAAAUCAAGGCAACCAAUCUGCACUUUCCCCGUUUCUAUCUGAAAAAAAUGCCGAACGUUUGGCUCUUGCACUUUGCAGAAUGCGUGGAGCAGCGCUUAAGAUCGGCCAGAUGUUGAGCAUACAGGAUGAAUCUCUUGUUCCUCCACCGAUACUGGCUGCAUUAGAAAUUGUCCGUCAAGGUGCAGAUGUAAUGCCAAAGAGCCAGCUCAAUCAAGUCUUGAAUGCUGAGUUAGGUCCUGAUUGGUCAUCAAAAUUGAUUAGUUUUGAUUAUGAACCUUUAGCUUCUGCAAGUAUUGGCCAGGUGCACCGAGCUGUCAUGAAGGAUGGCACGCAAGUUGCGAUGAAAAUUCAAUACCCUGGUGUUGCAGAUAGCAUUGAGAGUGACAUUGAGAAUGUGAAACUUCUUUUAAACUACACAAAUCUAAUUCCCGAAGGACUUUAUCUUGAUAGAGCUAUAAAGGUUGCCAAAGAAGAAUUAUCUCGUGAGUGUGAUUACAAUUUGGAGGCAGCAAAUCAGAAGCGAUUCCGAGAUCUUCUUUCUGGCGUAGAAGGAUUUUAUGUUCCAGUAGUUGUGGAUGACAUUUCGAGCAAAAGAGUAUUAACUUCGGAACUUGUUCACGGAGUUCCAAUUGACAAAGUGGCAUUGCUGGACCAGGAAACUCGUAAUUAUAUUGGGAAAAAGUUAUUAGAACUCACACUAUCAGAGUUAUUCGUAUUCCAAUUUAUGCAGACUGAUCCUAAUUGGGGCAAUUUCUUAUACAAUGAAGCUACAAAGACAAUUAAUCUUAUUGAUUUUGGAGCAGCACGGGAUUAUUCAAAAAGAUUUGUUGAUGAUUAUUUAAGAAUGGUUCUGGCAUGUUCAAAUAAGGAUAGUGAUGGAGUCAUUGAGAUGUCCAAGAGACUUGGGUUUAUCACUGGAAUGGAAUCAGAUGUGAUGCUUGAUGCCCACGUCCAAGCCGGUUUUAUAGUUGGUUUGCCAUUCUCAAACCCUGGUGGAUUCGACUUCCGAGCAAACAACAUUACUCAAAGCCUUUCUCACCUCGGAGCGACAAUGCUGAAGCACAGACUCACUCCUCCACCUGAUGAAGCCUACAGUCUACACAGAAAGCUUUCCGGUGCUUUUUUGGCAUGCAUUAAGAUUGGGGCUGUUGUCCCUUGUAGGGAACUGUUGCUUGAAGUGUAUAAGCAUCAUAAAUUUGGUGAAGUAAAUGAGACAUUAUCCAGUGGCUCGGUGUCUGCAUUGGCUAAUUAAAUUUUGCCCACUAAAUUUUGCCAAUUAUGAUUAUAUGCUGGAUGCUUGUUUGCGUCCAAGCUCCUUAGCAUAAAUAUUUAAUUUGCUCCAUAAAUGGAGUCUAUUAUGGGGACAAUUCCCCGCUCCCCAUUUGUAACUGUAGUUUUUCCCAGAUUGAUUCUUUUAAAGGUGAUUGAUUCUAUAAAAUAAUGUGUUUUGAUGUUUA